GGUGCCUAUAAAAGCCCCACCCAGGCCCGCCUGCUCCGCUCGGCAUCCAGGGACUGCACUGCUCGCGGCGCCCGCCCAGCUUCUUUCAAAAUGUCUACAGUUCACGAGAUUCUGUGCAAGCUCAGCUUGGAGGGUGAUCACGCUCCAGCAAGUGCAUACGGAUCAGUCAAAGCCUACACCAACUUCGAUGCUGAACGGGAUGCUUUGAACAUUGAAACAGCCAUCAAGACCAAAGGUGUGGAUGAAGUCACCAUCGUUAACAUUUUGACUAACCGCAGCAAUGAACAGAGACAGGAUAUUGCCUUCACCUACCAGAGAAGGACCAAAAAGGAACUUGCAUCAGCACUGAAGUCAGCCUUGUCCGGCCACCUGGAGACGGUGAUUUUGGGUCUAUUGAAAACACCUGCUCAGUAUGACGCCUCGGAGCUGAAAGCCUCCAUGAAGGGCCUGGGAACUGAUGAGGAGUCCCUCAUUGAGAUCAUUUGCUCGAGGACAAACCAGGAGCUACAGGAAAUUAACAGAGUCUACAAGGAAAUGUACAAGACAGAUCUGGAGAAGGACAUUAUUUCUGACACUUCUGGUGACUUCCGCAAGCUGAUGGUUGCCCUGGCAAAGGGUAGAAGGGCAGAGGAAGGCUCUGUCAUUGAUUAUGAACUGAUUGACCAAGAUGCCCGGGAUCUCUAUGAUGCUGGAGUGAAGAGGAAAGGAACCGAUGUCCCCAAGUGGAUCAGCAUCAUGACCGAGCGGAGUGUGAGUCACCUCCAGAAAGUAUUUGAUAAGUACAAGAGCUAUAGCCCUUAUGAUAUGGAGGAGAGCAUCAGGAAGGAGGUCAAAGGAGACUUGGAAAAUGCUUUCCUGAACCUGGUCCAGUGUAUUAAGAACAAGCCCCAGUAUUUUGCUAGCCGACUGUAUGAUGCCUUGAAGGGCAAGGCAGCUCGUGAUAAGGUCCUGAUUAGAAUCAUGGUCUCCCGCAGUGAAGUGGACAUGUUGAAAAUCAGGUCUGAAUUCAAGAAAAAUUACGGCAAGUCUCUGUACUCCUACAUCCAGCAAGACACCAAGGGCGACUACCAGAAGGCGCUGCUGUACCUGUGCGGUGGGGAUGAUUGAAGCCAAGGCAGCUCGAGCCUCCAGGAGUGGUGUUCUAGGCUUCCAGCUAACAGAGCUAGAAAAAUCAGCUUAUGCUAACAGCCCCUGUGCCUCUCCCCGUGAAGAUCAUCUUAGCAUUGCCCCCCUCCUUAUUUUAGUAGCCGAAGAUUGCCUGCCUUUUCUUGUCUAGUCUCUCCUUUUAGACAAUGAAAUGACCAUUCCAAGGAGCUGGAAGAGGAAACUAUGAUGUGAAACACUUUGCAUCUUGUGUACUGUGUCAUAAACAGAUAAAUAAAUGGAGUUUUUACUUUA